CUAAUGUGCGAGGCCCAAGUUUGUUUUCACGUACUGUUGCUGUGUCGCGUGUCAAAGCGCACCCGGGAAUAAUACUCAAGUUGUCACGGUUGCGAGUACCGACGAAGACAAUGGCGGGGAAGCAAAUCGGCGCAGAGGGCGGUGUGCCAGAGAAUCUCGCCGGAAUGACCAAAAGCCAGCUUUACGAUAUCAUGUCUCAGAUGAAGACGCUGAUCGAUCAAAACCACGAGCAAGCGAGAGAGAUUCUGAUCCGGAACCCUCUUUUGACCAAGGCUCUUUUCCAGGCACAGAUCAUGCUUGGUAUGGUUCAGCCUCCUCAGGUGGUUCCAAAAGUGGAUCCUCUAGUCGCGGCACAGCCUCAACAGUCCCGUCAAUCGAUCCCGACAAAGCCAAACGUUAACGCUCAUGUUUCAUCUGUUCAAGGCGGAGAGCCAGCAGCUACAAUGCAACCACAAGCACCUAUUAGAAAACAUCCAAUGCAACAACAACAGCCAAUGCCUAUGCCUCCUCCACCUUCUGUCUCUGCAACCAGUAAUGCUCCAUCACAGCCUCGUUUUUCCCUUCCCCAGCGUCAUGGACAUCUGAAUCCUGCUGGCAGUUCUUUGUCCCAUCCACAGUCUUCUCAAGUUCAAAACGCGCCUCCUCUAGCUCCCCAUCAUCCAACAUCCCAACAACCUCAGUUUCAUCAUCUUGAUAUACCAGCCUCCUCUACUCAGUUGCAACAACAGCAGCCAAUGCACUCUGUUGGGGGUUCUCAUUUAGCUCAACAACAGCCUAGACCAUAUCAUCAUCAGUUUGGACCAUCCCAGCCUGGUCCCAACGCUGCGUUUCAACACCAUGGCGCCCCUCCUCAGCAUCAUUCUCAACCCAUGUUUCAUUCAGGCAACAGACCCCCGGCUUCUGGUGGACCGCAGUUCCCUCAGGGACAGCCACAUCUGCCUAGUCAGCCACCAUAUCAGGGUGGAGGACAAUUUCGUGGGGACUACAAUAAUAACCAAUUGGGAGGUCCGAUGGCUGCAGAGAGAGGUCCUUGGAUGGCUAGCCAACCAGAGAGCUCAAACAUUACUCAUCUCCCAGGAUUAGGACCGGCUCCUCCACCAAGCCAAGUUGGGCCUGGAGGCGGACCACCACCUCGCCCUGCACCGAUAUCUGCAGAUAUGGAGAAGGCAUUGCUUCAACAGGUGAUGAGUCUGACCCCAGAGCAGAUCAAUUUACUGCCACCAGAACAGAGAAAUCAAGUCCUUCAGCUCCAACAGAUUCUCCGACAGUGAAGCUCAUUGAUAGAAAUCACUUGGUCUCCAUUAGCAGAGACGGCUUUUGGUUUGAAUGUAAGGUCCGAGACAAGUUUGAGAUGAUUUGUCAUUGUGUUGAAAAAAGAAGUAAUUAAUUGUACUUUUUUAAGUUCAAGUAUCAUUUAAUACUUUGCUCAUAGGCCCCCAGGAAAAUGAUGUGUUCUCUCACUUCUGACUUUAAAAGUUUCGUUCUUGUUUAUGGUUA